AUGGAAUGGUCCGUCGGACUCCUGGCCUGCCUAGUGGGCCUCCUCCCGAUGGGUUCAUCUGCAAGAACCAAAAGAGAUACUACUGGGAACUUGGUCAACACAGAGGUGCACAGUGCGCCGGCGCAGCGCUGGUCCAUGCAGGUGCCAGCCGAGGUGAGCGCAGCGGCGGGCGAGGCGGCCGUGCUGCCCUGCACCUUCACGCACCCACACCGCCACUACGACGGGCCGCUCACGGCCAUCUGGCGCGCGGGCGAGGCCUACGCGGGCCCGCAGGUGUUCCGGUGCGCGGCGGCGCGGGGCAGCGAGCUCUGCCAGACGGCGCUGAGCCUGCACGGCCGCUUCCGGCUGCUGGGCAACCCGCGCCGCAACGACCUGUCGCUGCGCGUCGAGCGCCUCGCCCUGGCCGACGACGGCCGCUACUUCUGCCGCGUCGAGUUCGCCGGCGACGUCCACGACCGCUACGAGAGCCGCCACGGCGUCCGGCUCCGCGUGACCGCCGCCCCGAGGAUCGUCAACCUCUCGGUGCUGCCCGGGCCGGCGCACGCCUUCCGCGCGCUCUGCACGGCCGAGGGGGAGCCGCCGCCCGCCCUCGACUGGUCCGGCCCGGCCCUGGGCAACGGCUCGGCCGCCGUGCCGGCCCCGGGUGAGGGUCACGGCCACCAGGUGACCGCCGAGCUGCCCGCGCUGGCCCACGACGGCCGCUACACGUGCACGGCCUCCAACAGUCUGGGCCGCGCGGAGGCCAGCGUCUACUUGUUCCGAUUCCACGGCGCCUCCGGGGCCCCGGCGCUCGCCCUCCCGCUCGGCGCGCUCGGCCUCAAGGCGUUACUGCUGCUCGGCAUUCUGGCCGCCCGCGCCGCCGCCCGCCGCCGCCUAGAGCACCCAGUUGCCCAGGACACCCCACCACGGCCCCAGGUUCAGGAGUCCAACUAUGAGAAUUUGAGCCAGAUGAGCCCUCGGGACCCACCAGCAGCCACAUGUAUACCAUGAGGAGCCCCUUGGCCACUGGCAUCCACUUGUACCCCAUGAAGAGCAGAGGCCAAGGCCAGGCUUGGCUGGGACGGCCCUUCAUGGCUCCCAGCCACGUGGGCAGCCCCUGGCUGGGUGACCUCACACAAAGGGUGUCAAGACCCCGCUCACAAAGGCUCAGUGGUCUCCUACAAGGAUGUCUGUCCCAGAGGCCCAGGAUAUUUAUGUCAGUGGGACCAGCAUUUUGAGUGUGUGUGUGUGUGUGUGUGUGUGUGUGUGUGUGUGUACGUGCACAUGCGUGCAAAGCUCCAGCAUGAAACUCACGGACAAACUCUCGUCCUUUCCUACAUAGAAUGUCAUAGUAGAACAGGCAGGACACUGGUCAGAGGGUCUCCCAGGCUCGGACUCGCUGUGGGGA